AUGAGUUUCCAGCGUCGUAUCCGAGGAUCUGGUUCCCUCCCAAUAGCAUUGACUGUGGGCGCAAUCAUCACAGUCGCGCUCUAUUUCUACUCGCCACUGCAGUUACCGACAAUGGCCGAACCAUCCUUAUUCCUCGCUAAUCUCCAAUUGAGUCUUUCCCAAUCUGCAUCUAGAUCUCCAAGCAUCACAGUCUCUGUCAAGAACACCCAUUCAGACACACCUGUGACGAUCUUGAAAUGGAACUCCCCUCUGGACCCCGCUGCCCUCGGUCUCGGUCAGGUGUCCAUAUUGCCGGCCGGCUCUUCGGAGCCUAUCCAUAACGACGCCAUUAAAAUAAGUCGCAUAAUGCCGCCCGGCGCCGAGUCACUCAUUACUCUUCGUCCGGGCGAAAGUGCAGAAAACACUGUCGAACUGCGCGAGCCGAGAGUGCCCGACGGGAUUUGGAAGCAAGGCAAGGCUAAAGUGACGAUGAGAGGGAGGUGGAUGGCUGUAUGGCCUGGUUUGACGACGGAGGACUUGCUACAGCAUCCUGAGAAACUGCAGGGCGUUGGUGCUGGCGAAGGUUCCUUGAUUGGAAACUGGGAAACCGAAACCAUUGAGGUUGGAAAGCAAGGGGAUGGCGACCUUUAA